UUAUUAUUAAGAAAAUUUUCUAAAUUUAAUCGGUUUCUUACGUACAUGCACUUUAAACUUUGCAAUGCUACAUUUAACCAUGAUCUGACAUCAAUUUUACGUUUUAUCAACCGUAGUUUCAAAGACUUUUGUGUCAACUAUAGAUUUCGGUCAUGAAUUCAGAUGAUGACAUGAAUGAAGAGAGCGAUGAUGGCGGAUAUUACGACUACUACAAUUGCUCAGAGGAUUCGGAAAUGGAGCCCGCCGAUCCGAAGAAAACCGAUCCCGAGUACUUUGAAUUCAAAUGUUUGUCGAUUGAGGAUGUCGAGAGACUAUUGAAUGAAUGCGUGGAAAGUCUAUGUGCCAAUAUACCUGUAACUCCUUCACUUGCAAAGCUACUCCUACACACACAUCAUUGGAACACCGCUGAAAUUAUUUCCUCUUACAGACAAGAUGCAUUUAAAUUGCUGAUUGAUUCUAAGAUCAAGCCUUCGAAAUCUCCGGAAGUGGAGUUUCAGGUUGUUCGAGCCUCAAAAUCUUUCAACUGUUCUGUGUGCUUAAUGAUGUAUUCUGGGGAAUAUUUCCGUGCUCUAGCGUGUGGGCAUUUUUUUUGCAAAGAAUGUUGGUCCACUCAUUUUGAAAUUCAAAUUUUUCAUGGCAUCACUACAACAAUGGAGUGUAUGGCCCAGAAGUGUAGCUUACUGGUACCAGAAGAUUUUGUUCUUAAUAUUGUCAAUAAGUCUUCCUUGCGUGAAAAGUAUCAGCAGUUUUCAUUUUCAGAUUAUGUUAAGAGUCAUCCAGCCCUUCGGUUCUGUCCCGGACCUAACUGUCAUAUUAUAAUUUAUGCCAAAGAAUUUCAGAGCAAAAGAAUAACGUGUAAGCAUUGCAAAACAGUAUUCUGCUUCAAAUGUGGAACUGACUAUCAUGCUCCAACUGAUUGUGAGACGAUAAAGAAAUGGCUCACGAAAUGUGCAGAUGAUUCAGAGACUGCAAAUUAUAUUUCUGCUCACACAAAAGAUUGCCCAAAAUGUAAUAUUUGUAUAGAGAAAAAUGGAGGCUGUAAUCAUAUGCAAUGUUAUGGUUGUAAAUUCGACUUUUGUUGGAUGUGUUUAGGGGAUUGGAAUUCUCAUGGCAGCGAGUACUACGAAUGCAGCCGAUACAAAGAGAAUCCGAAUAUCGCUAAUGAAUCGGCUCAUGCUCAAGCUAGAGAAGCUCUUAAAAAAUAUCUCUUCUACUUCGAAAGGUGGGAAAACCAUGCAAGGAGUCUUCGACUGGAAGAACAGACACUCCAAAAAAUCAAAGAUAGAAUAGAUGAAAAAGUAAUGGCUAAUGAAGGAACUUGGAUAGAUUGGCAAUAUCUUAGAAAUGCUGCUGCCUUACUAGCAAAGUGUCGAUACACCUUGCAGUAUACUUAUCCGUAUGCAUACUAUAUGGAAAGUGGUCCUAGAAAAGAAUUGUUUGAAUAUCAGCAAGCUCAACUUGAAGCAGAAAUUGAAAAUUUAUCCUGGAAAAUUGAGCGAGCUGAAACAACAGACAGGGGUGAUUUAGAAAAUCAAAUGGAUGUGGCUGAGAAAAGGAGAACUACACUUUUAAAAGACUUUUUAGCCCUUUGACUAGGUUUCUAUACAAAAUUAGGCACAUCAAAAAGACAACAUUCUGCAUCGUGACCUCGCAAUCAGUUAGGAAAAAAAGUACUUGUGAUUAUUUCCAUAACCUAUUUAAAGGAUAUUUUUUGUUACACAAUAAUGCAAAACUUUUAAAGUCACGCUAUUCAACUGUUAGUAAAAUGUUUCGUAAUAUGAAAAGCUAAAGUAGAGAAUAAACAACAUUAGGGUUUUGUGCUGUACAACAUAAAAUUUCCUUAAAUUUAAUGUUCUUAAAAUUUUGUCUGUAAAAACUUGGGUUGUUGGGCUUUAAAAAAUUAAUAUUUUUACGCAUAAGCGAGUGUAGUUUUCUUUGUUUUCCGAAAAAAAUUAGAACAGAAUUAACAGAAAGGUAGUGUACACAAAGGUUCAACGGAAACGUUAAAGAAAAAAUUAAUCAAAACAUGAUUUAGUAUGAUUAAAGCAAUUUUUUUUUUUAAACUAAAUGAUCAAUGCUCUCUUAUUAGGACCAAUUUAAAAUUUCACUCUACCUCUCAAAAGUGUAAACAUAUUCAAAAAAAAAUUUAAAAUAUGGAUUUUUAAAUUAAUUUUUGUUAAACAGUUUUGCAUUAUAUAUUUAUUUGAAUUAUAGAACAUAGAUUUUCUUCUUGAUUUAUUGAAUGUUAAGUUGGCAUUAUAUGGUGCUGUAGUGUAGGUAUUUUGAUACUUCAGAAGCAUUGAAGCUAAUCAGUGUAUGCUUUUUGUGUAGGAAAUUUGGAGCAUUAAAUAUAUAGACGUGCAAUGCAUCUAUUGCCAUGAUCUUAGUUUAAAACCACUUGUAUUAAACUGAUCGUAGUCAAACCAAAUUUUUUAAAAGUUAUAAUAAUAAAGAAAAUGGCUAUAGAUUCAGAGAAAACCACGAUAUUAGAAACAUUCACAUUUUUCAUGUUAGAUAUUGAAAACAUUUCAUUAACCAGAUGAAUUAGGUGGAAUAGCUUCUAUGUAUUUAUUGCUCUAACUUUGAAUUUAAGCUUGUUAUGCAAAUACAGUGCAACCUCAGAAAAACAAACUAAUUGGCCCUACUAGAAUUUCUGCAAGUUUUUUUAUCUGGUACUCUACUUAAACUAGUUAUUAGCUCAAUAGUGUUUUGAAAGUCUUUGUUUUCGGUUAAUAAUGAAGCAAUUUUACCCUAGAUAAAGCAAGAAUGCUUAAUGUCAUUUACAAUAUACUGCCGUGUGCAGGUAAAGGGCAGUAACUGCAAAUUUUUCUUUUUUUUACAUUUUUGUCAUCUAUUGUAUGUUAUCUUUAUUGUACAAGCUUGCUUAUUUGGGUUCUGCUGAAAAAAGGCGUCAAAAAGACUUCUUAUUCCAGCAUUUCCUUAUUGUUAGUAUUGAAUCCAAAACGCGUUUCUUCAAAGAUCUCGAAAACUCAUUUCUGCAGAUACUGCCGUUUGCCUGCACACGGCAGUAUAGCCAGGAGUGAUAGUGGACUGAAGUAAAAUUUUCUGAAGACAUAGUCAAAUUUUGGGAUAUUUAGAGUCAGCUUGACCCCCCCCCCCCCCCCCCGAGUAAAACUUUUCAAAUAUGCAUACAAAAGUCACAUAAUAAUCAUUUAAAUAAAUCAUUUAAAAAGUUUUUUUUAAAUAAUUUUUCAGUUUUAGAUGGUGUUGACAGCCCAAAAUUUUUUCGGAUCAGAAACACCCCAGGUUAACUUUCUUGUACAAACAUGCUUAUUUGGUUCCUGCUGUAAAAAAAUCAUUAAAAAAGUCUAAUUCCAACAUUUUUCUAUUGUUAAUAUUGAAUCCAAAAUGAGUUUCUUUACUGUCUUAAAAUCUAUUUCGGUAGAUAUUGCUGUUAACCUGCCCAUGACAGAGUAGCGUGAAUAGUGUUGUAAGUAUCGUACAGUACAGAAUUAUUGUAAAGAAAUCCGAAGCGUGUGGGGCUGCAACAUCACCUUAGCAAAUAGAUUUUAUUCCUUUCCAGUUUAGAUGGGUCAAAAAAAUCUUUCUUUUUUUUUGUCAUAAAAUGUUAGUAAAACUGUUCUAGAAUAUGUUUCCCAAAUUUCAGUGAAAAAUUCCAGUUAGUUCCAAUGCUGUAAGCACUUAUAAUGACUGUGCAGAUUCGGAAACGCUCACAGCAGUUUUUUUCUUUCAAACUCGUUUUUCUCGAAAAAACUUUCUUCAACUGGUGGGAUUCUAGCUCAAAGAGUUAUUGACCAAUCGUUCUGAAAAUUUAUGUGAAUAUUCUUUAUUUAAUUAUACUCUAUAUGAAUCUAAAUUUGGGAUGAUAUUAUUAAUAAAAAUAUUUUUUAAUUCAAGAAAUGGGAAAAAAUGGUAGAAAAACAUGACAUUGUUAUUAAAAACCUCAAAGACAUGCAAUUUUCAACUUUUUUGAUCACAAUUAGGUUUAUAUUCUUAGGAAAUAUGUUGUUUACAAGAACAAAAAAUUUAUAAUUAUUACAGAUAAAAAUUGGCUUUGGUAGUGCCCACCAGCAACAAGCUCUAAUGGUGACUAGCCAUAGACAGCAGCUUUUAACCCCACUAUUUCUGGUGGAAACGACUUGAAAAAAUUACAAGUAAUACUUCAAAAGAUGUAUAAAAUAUCCCCCAAAUUUAAAGAAAUUCUGAUUAUUUCCUUCCAGUUAAAUAAAUAGGUUAGGCCUCCUAAACUGGUUCCCCCCCCCCCCUUCCCUUAGCAAAAGAUUCCCGAACUAAAAAAGCUGUCAGGAAAAAAACUAACAGCUUUUGAACCAUAGUUAGAUUUGCCUUUUGUUCAAAUCUAAUUUUGAGUGUUCACUUCACAUUCUGAGGUUCCACUGUAUAACGUCUAGUCCAGAGUAUGAAAAAAAAAAAUAGUUAUUUUAGAAAUUUUGAAAUUGAAUUUAUAAUUUAACCAAUGCUGAAUGUUGUCCUUUCAAUUGCUUGAUUUUGUGUGAAUUGAAAACAGAAACCAGAAUGACAUCGAUUUGAAAUGUAUAUAUACAAUGUACAGUGCUCAGGCAUUUUCUUAAAUAAUAAAUGAAAGCAGUCAGUUUUAAUGACUGCCCUUUUUUUCUACA